AUGAACCCUGCGGACGACAAGUACGAGGCGAGCGUCUUUGCGAGCCGGUUCUCCAAACUGAAUUUAUGUUCUCCAAAGAGCGUAUCUUCGACGUUACUUUUUGCCCCCUCGGUGGUCAUCACGCUCCUGGUGACAAGCCGAGAGCUGGUUUGGCUGAGUUCAUUUUCCUUUGCGCCUCUCCGACAGGUGGUGUACUCGCUGGUGCAGGACCUGCAGCGGGGGGACGAGCGCGAGCAGCCGCUGCUGGAGCUGUCGAAGCGGCGGGAGGCGGUACAGGACCUGGCGCCGGUGUUGUGGAAUUCCUUUGGGACCCUCGUGGUGCUCAUUCAGGAAAUUGUGCAGAUCUACCCGCAGCUGGCCCAGCCCAACAGCCUCACCGCCUCUAGCUCCAACCGGGUUUGCAACUCUUUGGCGCUGAUGCAGUGCGUGGCAUCCCAUCCGGACACCCGCCCCCUGUUCCUGAAGGCGCAGAUCCCACUGCUUUUGUACCCCUUCCUCAACACCAACAGCACAGAGAGGCCUUUCGAGUAUUUGAGGCUCACCUCUCUGGGUGUCAUCGGGGCACUGGUGAAGGUGGACGACCCCGAGGUCAUUAGCUUCCUUUUGCACACCGAGAUCAUACCGCUCUGCCUGAAGAUCAUGGAGAUCGGCAGCGAGCUCUCCAAGACAGUGGCCACCUUCAUCAUUCAGAAGCUGCUGCUGGACCCGCAGGGCUUGCAAUAUGUGUGCCACUCCGCGGAGCGUUUCUAUGCAGUGACCAGCAUGUUGGCCAAGAUGGUCGAUGUGCUGCUGCAGGCCCCUUCCAUCCGGCUGCUGAAGCAUGUGGUCCAUUGCUACCUGCGGCUUUGUGACAAUGCCCGCGCCAAGGAGGUUCUCAAGCAGUGCUUACCCCCUGCCCUGCAAUCGGAUCCAAGCCUCAAGAGACUCGCGGAGCCGAUCAGCAACUGCCUGGAGGAAGACCAGAUGACCAAGCGCUGGCUGGUGUCCUUGGUUACCAGCCUAGGCUACAGGUGA